AUGAAUUUUAAGUCAGAGGAUUUUACUAAUUUGUUUGCUAAAUCAGUUAGUUCUGAAAAACUGCUUAAUUUUUCUAUUACCGAUUUUGGCGAGAGAAUUCAGAAAGCCAAAAUCUCUUUUGGUCAGGUUCCGUUAGGUAUUUAUCAAAAGGGUCUCAAAAAGAAGCGAAAGUCCAUUUUCCAUAAUGAGGAAAAAGGAUUAGAACAAUUAUCUCAACAAAGUAGUUUUUAUGCCUCUUUACGGAAUUUUCAGCAAAAAACUUUUCUGAAUUUCACUCAAGAGAAUUUGGAGCAAGGUUUAUUUUUUUCCACUUUUACCUUUAAUAAUUAUCAAAAAAAAAUGCCUUUUUCUUUUGCCCCCUGGCAAAAAAAGGGGAAAUGUCUUGUCUCUGGAUGUAGCGGCAAGCAUUUUUAUCGCCGGAUUUCUCAUUUGACAUCUUCAUUUUUAGCCGGAAAAAAAGUUGCUAAAAAAAGAUUAGGCAGAAACUUGGAAGGAAAUGGUAUUAAUUUAACUUAUAUUCAAGGAAAAAUAAAGAAGCCUUUUGCUUCUUCCUAUGUUUUUAUUAAUGAUGAUUAUAUUUUCAACAGAGUUGCAGAAUCGGAAUUUAUCUCCUAUUUUGAUGCUGAACUCAACCUAAAUGAACAGGUUUUAGUCAACCAAGCACCUCAAUUUCACCAUCAAUCAAGAAAAUACAAAUUAACCAAAGAAACAGGAGAAAACAUAAACGAUAAAAAAUGGCGGAAAAGUAUUCCGCCAGAAUUGAUUUAUAAUUAUGUCUAUUUAGCGGAAAUUCGAACCCAAAUCAAAAAUUAUUCUUCUAGUCGAGAAGUUAGUCCUGAAAAAGCCAUUGCUCGCUAUGCCGAUUAUUAA